UUUUUGCUGUCUAAACCAAGCCCGAAUAUUAUUAUUCGUCAAUGUGCAAGGCUAACAGUCACUCGUCAACAUGAGGCGACAUUCCAGGUCAGAGAGUCUAACAAACGUUCCAGUUGAUACGGAAAAUAAUCAAGACCAACCCGAUGCUGCGAAUGUGAAGAUCAAAAGAGGAAAAAUAAGCAUCAUUAAGAAAUAUUUGGUAGAUUACACUGCUAAUUCUAAUCUCCAUGGUCUCAAAUACAUUGGGGAAAAAGAACGCACGUCUGUUGAAAAAAUAUUUUGGCUAUUUAUGUUCACAUGCUGCGUGGUACUCUGCGCCGGGUUGAUUCGCAAAGUUUGGAUAAAAUGGAACGAAAGUCCAGUAAUUGUGAGCUUUGCGGAAAAUUCUACUCCAGUAUGGCAGAUUCCGUAUCCUGCUGUGACGGUGUGUUUUGAAACAAAAGCACAGCAAACCAAAUUCAAUUUUACGGAGUAUUAUCAUCUUUACAUGAAUGAGACUACCUAUAAAAAUUUGACAGAGGAGGAGCGAAUUUUAUUUGAGGACAUUUCAUUAGUAUGCGACGAUCAUCUUGCACCGGCGAAAGGGAGAAGAUUUUCUCUUGGGAACAUGACAGUUGAAAAUCUAAAAGAGUUAUCACCAAACAUAAGCGAAGUUUUUUUCGGAUGCAAGUGGAAGGAUAUUCCAAAAGAAAAUUGUUCAGAUCUAUUUUUACCUAUACUGACUGAGGAAGGACUUUGCUAUACCUUUAACACAAUGGGCGCCGAAGAUCUGUUCAGAGUGGAAAAUCUCAACACAGAUUACAAUUAUCUUGAAUACUCAAAUCGAACGGAAAACGAAAGUUGGAGUUUAGAAACGGGAUAUUCUCCAGAAACACCAUUAGAAACUUAUCCGCAUAGAGGUUCUGGUUAUGGAGCUAAGGCUGGAUUGACAUUUUUGUUGAAAGCAAAAAAGGGUGAACUGGAUUAUCUGUGCAAAGGACCGGUACAAGGUUUUAAGAUUUUACUACAUAAUCCAGCGGAACUGCCGCGUCUCUCCCAGCAGUAUUUUAGAUCUCCGCUGUCCCAGGAAGUCGUUGUCGCUGUCAAGCCGAAAAUGAUGACCACCUCCGAAGGACUAAAACCUUACGACCCCUCCAGGCGACAAUGUUACUUCCCCAGCGAGCGCUACCUCCAAUACUUCAAAGUGUACACGCAAGCCAAUUGUGAAAUGGAAUGCCUAACCAACUUUACGUACGCACGAUGCGAGUGUGUCCAUUUCGGCAUGCCACACGGUCCUAACAUGGCAGUAUGCAACGCUGGAAGCGUAGCGUGUAUUAAGAAAGCACAAAUGGAACUGGUCACAGCAGACAUUGAAACUCGUAUAGCCAGGGAAACGCAGGCUAACGACACUCUUGGUCAAGCACGUAAAGUGGCGUCCGAAUGCAGAUGCCUGCCAGCGUGCACUUCCAUAGAAUACGAAGCAGAAACGUCGCAAGCUGAUUACGACUGGAAGGCAAUUUAUAGAGCUUACAACAUACCGAUACCCGAAGAAGACAAUGACUUACUCUACGCACGAGUAAUGAUAUUCUUUAAAGAAGCGCAAUUUAUAACCUCACGACGUUCGGAACUUUACGGUCAAACGGAUUUUCUUGCCAACUGUGGAGGUCUGCUCGGUCUUUUCAUGGGAUUUUCCAUACUAAGCGUUGCGGAAAUUUUAUAUUUCUUAACUUUGAGACUUUUCUGUUUGCUUUGGCGACGACGUCAAAAUAAGAAACAAAACUUUGAAAACUCAGUUAAGACUUAUGGUAUCCAAAAACCCAAAAGCGAUAAAAUUAAACAACUGUAUAUUGAUUAGGAUUUUAUUAGGAGCAUCAAUUUAUCUUUGUGACAUAUCAAAGAAACAGCAAAAGAAGCAGCUCAUCGAAAUUUUCUAUAAAACGUGGUUGUUUAAAAUUGAAGCAUUAUUAAUCGGCUCUUACUAAAAGUCAGAGAGGAUACGAAUAUUACUCACGAGUCCUUGUUGAAAUUAGGAGAUGAUAAUAUUAAAGAGCUGACAUUUUAUUUUAGACCAAAUUAACACCAUUGUCUGUAUCUAAAGCACUAUUGUACCAAGUAGCUGAGUAAUUUUAAAUAUCAUUAUUAAAUAAUACCUACACAAACAUUUGCACUCAUGCCACAGACAUUUGAAGCUUAAUGCUUAAUUUUACAUUAUUUAAUGAAGAUUAAUGUUUUUUAUGUUAAAAUAAUGUAAAUUUUAUUCAGUGUUUUGAUAAAUGUUUAUAAAUGAGGAAUUGGUUUUAUUUA